AUGUCACUGUGGUUUUUCUAUGAGCGGCCAUACCUGGAGAUAGCCGUCCCAGACGAUGCCCAGGAGGUGCUUUCUGUCCGGUUCAUUGUCACCGCGCACGAUCAAGGCUUCAGCGGGACUUCGGGCGACGUGCCGCCGUACGAGAUGUCCUUUACCUGGUUCUCGGUGUACGCCGAUCGGGUCAACGGGCACAAGGACCCGAGACGGCUCAAGGUGCAGAGCAACUACCGGGCCUCAGCAGCCUUUCGCACACACGACAUUGUGUGGGACGGCAGCGAUGCGGACGACGCCAAGACGCGGUGGCUGGCGUCGCUGCGCGGUGGCGACCGGCUGCAGCUGUAUCCGCGGGCCUUUUACCGGGCGUGGGUCAACCUGGUCGCGGGGGCCGAGAUGGUGGUGACGUACGUGCCCUGCGACGUGGAGGAGCGGCUGCAUGCACAGGCCCGACGGCUGCUGUAUGCGGGAGGCAGCCGGCCAGCGAAGCUGGCGUAUGUCAGUCUGAGCCUGGACCGGCGCGAGAUCCGGCUGCUCGAGGUGCUCCCGGGGGCCUACGACGAGGCCAUCCGGUGCCGGCUGGCAACGGCAGAGCUCGCGAGCGACAGCAGCGCGGCAGGACCGCAGUUUGAGGCGCUGUCGUACUGUUGGGGGGAGGCGAUAGCCGAGGAGGGCACGGAGGUGGCGAUCGUGGAGAUGCAGGGACAGAGACGGCCAGAGCAGCAGUUUCUGCGGGUGUCGCGGUCGGUCGAGCUGGCGAUCCGGCGGCUGCGCCACGACGACGGCCAGACGAAGCGAGUGCUCUGGAUCGACUCGGUGUGCAUCAACCAGGCCGACCUGGAAGAACGGGCGCACCAGGUGCAGAUCAUGCACGACAUCUACGGGGCGGCGGCGCAGGUCAACGUAUGGCUGGGCGAGGGCGACGGGCGGGCGUGCAUGGCGAUGCGGAUUCUGCGGGACAUUUACAAAGAGGUCAAGAAGUGCGGUGGCGACGACUUGUUCCGACGGAUGCACCUGAUCUUUGACGAGCACGCGCGGGCGCUCGAGACAGCCAGCGGCACGCACACCGAGUCGCUCUAUCACGCGAUGGCAGCGCUCUUUGGCAACUCCUGGUUCCGGCGCGUCUGGGUCUUCCAGGAGGCGCUGGCCGGUCAGGUCACAGUGGUGCACUGCGGGCGGGAGUCGAUCCGGUGGUCGGAGCUGGUGGCCGUGCAUGCGCUCUUCAACCGGGGCGACAACUUUCUGUCGCCGCUGCACAGCGCACCGCAGGCUUUGAUGCCGCCGUUGUGGGAGGUGUUGGGGAGCGAAAGCGAGAACAGAAAGAAGACGACGAGCGUGAGCGAGGACAAAAAACCCCUCUUCGACAUCCUCCUCUCCGGCAUCGAGGUCGAGGCCACCGACCCGCGCGACAAGAUGUUUGCCCUGCUCGCCUUUGGCCGUGAGACCGGCCAGCGCAUGCGCCGCCUGCCGCUGGCUAUCCGGCCUGACUACACCAAGCCGGUCGAGCAGGUGUUUGCCGACCUGACGCGCUGGCUUCUGCUCGAGCAGCGCUCGCUCGACGUCCUCUCGGCCGUCCACGCCCAGCCCGGCCGCACCUGGCAGGCCCUGCACUGCUCGUCGCUGGCCGCACCCCCAUCGCCGGCUCGACCGACCUGGACCCUCUGCCCCGACGGCAGCAAGCACUGGAUCCAUGCCACGCUCCUGGCGCAGUUGGACUUUGCCGCCGCCUCCACGGCUGCCUGCCCGCUCGACCUCGCCCUGCUCGACGCGUCUGCGCAGGCUGACCCGCUGCUGCUCCGUCUUCGCGGCUUCCGCGUCAGCAUCGUCACCCAGAUCACCGCCUUUCCCUUCGACCAGGUCCAGCAGCGAUGCGUCGAGGAGAAGGAGAGCAACGACCACUACUGGGCCGAUCUCCUCCACGCCUUUGCCGCCAUCUUCGAUCCCGGCUGCGUCGUCAAGUCCUGGGUCAGCUCCCGCGUCGAUGCCCACACCGAAAAGGGCUCCUUCCGCCACGCUGAACCGAACGCUGUCAUCGCCGAACACUUGUACGCCCACUGGGGCUACGGCCCCGUGCCGCCCAACAAGGCCGCCAACCUCGACCGCUGGGAGCCGCCCCGCUACCGCCUCGUCGACAGCACUGCCGUUCCGCCCUGCGUCAGCCGCUGCCUCAUGGUCCUCUCCGAUGGCGCUGUCGGCCUCUGUCCCAGCACUGCUCGCGAGGGCGACAUCGUUGCCGUCCUCUACGGUGGAAAGGUGCCCUUCCUCUUGCGUCCUUCGCUGUCCACCGCAUCCACACAGCCCACCGUGGAGCUGGUCGGAGAGUGCCUUCUGCGGGGAGUCAUGCACGGCGAGUUUGUCGGCUCCCAGAUGCGAAACGGCUGUGCGCCAGAGGUUUUCUCCAUUGUUUAA